AUGGGGACCUGUCGGAGGAGAGUUCUGGGGGUGUGGUUUUUCUUCUGGUUCUUGUUGACAUUUGAGCAGUGCGCAUCCCUGAAUCAUGAAGGUGCUGCUCUGCUGGGAUUUAAGGCAGCGAUCGAUGCGGACUCAAAUGGUGCUUUGUUGGAAUGGAAUGAAGAGAGUUUGAGCCCCUGUUCUUGGUUUGGUGUGGAAUGCUCCGAUGAUGGACUAGUCAUGGUCCUGAGCUUAGCAAAUCUUGGUCUAAAGGGUGUUUUAUCUCCAGAGCUUGGAAAGCUUAUGCAUAUGAAAUCUCUAAUUCUGCACAACAACUCGUUCUAUGGUAUCAUACCUAGAGAAAUAGGAGACCUACAGGAUCUAAAGAUGUUGGAUCUGGGAUAUAAUAAUUUCAGUGGACCAAUUCCAUCAGAGCUACAAAACAUAUUAUCCCUAGAAUUUCUAUUUCUUAAAGGUAACAGCCUUUCUGGGUGUUCACCAGUUGGAGUACACCAGCUCACUAGGAUAUGUGAACCUGAAAAUCAAGUACCUACCCCUACCACAAGGAUUGCUACAAUCAAAAUCAGAAGACUGUUAGUGAGCAAACGAAAAGAUUUUGAAAUGAUCAAUAUUACGGAUCCAAUAAGGUCACCCCACCACAUGGGUUUUCCGUUGAAUUCUCCAGCAGUACCAUCUCCUUCUGAACCCAUUCCACCCCCUCCACCCCCUCCUGCAGCACCAAGCCAAGAGAACAAGAACAAAAGUUCUGCAACAAUAUAUGCAUCGAUUGGAGCAGCUAUUGUUUUUUUGGUGGCAGCCUUGUCAGCACUAUGUUUCUUUUACUACUGCCGCAAGAAGACUAGCACCGUUGUACCCUUGUCUGCAAACAGUUCAAGCAGGCAAUUACAGACCACUACCAUGGAAGGGAUAACUUUAUUCAGACUAUCCGAGCUCGAAACAGCCUGUGAAGGUUUCAGCAACAUAAUUGGCACACUACCUGGAUUUACACUGUAUAAAGGAACUCUGCCAUGUGGAGCGGAAAUAGCUGUGGUGUCUACAACAGUGGCAUAUGCAGGAGGUUGGUCCGAUAUAGCUGAAACACAUUACAUGAAUAAGGUUGGAGCCUUGUCAAAGGUAAACCAUAAGAAUCUUUUGAACCUUGUGGGUUAUUGUGAAGACGAAAAACCAUUCAUUCGUAUGAUGGUGUUCGAGUAUGCUUCAAAUGGAUCACUAUUUGAGCGCUUGCAUGUUAAAGAAGCGGAGCACCUGAAUUGGCAAUCACGCCUACGGAUAGCUAUGGGAGUACUAUACUGUCUGGAUUACAUGCACCAGCAGAACACUCCUGUAACCCUAAGGAACUUAAACAGUUCAUGCAUAUACUUGACUGAAGAUGAUGCUGCAAAGGUUGCAGACAUCAGCUAUGGUGUUGCCAAGAAAGAAGAAGAUGAAUACGAUGCUCACGAUGAAUACAGCACAGUGUAUAAGUUUGCUUUGCUACUGCUUGAGACCAUCUCUGGAAGGCGUCCAUAUUCUGACGAUGAUGGCCUCCUUGUUCUAUGGGCACACAGAUAUCUCACCGGCACUAGCCCGGUGAUGGGUAUGGUUGACCCGACACUAAAUUCAGUGCCUGAGGAGCAUGCCAGAGCAUUAUCAGAGCUGAUUCGGUUAUGCCUAAGCGAGGACCGAAGGCAGAGGCCAACAAUGGCAGAGGUCACCGAGAGGAUGCAAAAGAUCACUGGGAUCACUCAAGAUCAGGCGAUUCCGAGGAACAGCGCGCUUUGGUGGGCUGAACUUGAAAUCAUAACAUCAUGA